AUGCAGGCCAUUCAGCGCAAGUUCGGCACCUUCCUGCCCCGCACCGACGAUGACCCCCAGGUCGCCGAGAUGCUGCACCAGUUCAAGGAGGUCGAUCAGAUGCUGGCCAAGCUCAUCGACGCCCUCAAGCACUGGAAAGAGGCCUGGAACAGCAUCAUGACGCACCAGCUGUCGACCAUCCACGAGUUCAGUGUCAUGUACAGCCCCAUUUCCAUUAUCGGCGAGCCCUCGCCCACGGCCCGCAUCCCCGCCGAGACGCCGCAGGAGGUGCUGGAGCGCACCAAUCGCCUCAAGGACGUCUACGCCGACCUCAAGGCCGACCUGCAGCAGGACAUUGACCUGAUCAACCGCCGCCUCAUCCACCCGGCCCAGGAGACGCGCGAGCACAUCAAGCCCUUGUUCAAGACGAUCCAGAAGCGCGAGGACAAGAAGCUCGACUACGAGCGCUACAAGAGCCGCGUCGAGAAGAUUGAGAAGAACGUCAACCGCUCGGCGCGCGACGAGUCGACGCUCCAGAAGCACCAGAUCGACCUGGAGCGCUGCGUCGAGGAGUACCAGCACGCCGACCAGCACAUCCAGUCGCACCUGCCCGCCAUCUCGGCCGCCGCCCUGUCGCUGCUGCCCUUCCUGCUGGCCUCGCAGAUUGAGAUCCAGAACGAGAUCCUCGGCACCCUCUACACGGUCAUGCUCGAGUUCACGCAGGCGUUUGGCUUCCCGCCCCCGCCGCCGGACCUGGACGACGUGGUGGCGACGUGGGACGCCGACUUCACGCCGCUGCGCCGCGAGGUCGAGGGGUGGGCGCUGCUGGCGCGCGUGGCGCCGCUGCCCAUGGCGCUGCCCGAGACGCAGCACGGCACCCUGACGGGGCUGAACCUGCGCAACACGGCGUCGGACAAGUUUUCGAGCGGGCGCGCGCGCAUCGGCAGCCGUCCGUCGUUCAGCUCGCAGGGCUCGGGCACCUCGCCGCGGCCCACGUCGUCGCGCUCCAACAGCCACGCCAUUGCCGCGCCGCCUUCGCCCGAGGGCCCCGCCCCGCCCAUCAACAUGGCCUCGCGGCCCAAGAUUGGCGGUGGCGGCGGCGCCGCUGCCGCUGCCGGCAGCAAGCCGCGCAUCCCGCGGCAGCCCAGCGCGUCGACGCUGUCGCCGUACGACGGCGCUGGCAACAACAACGAGUACGGGCGGCGGCUGUCGUCGUCGUCGGCGCACUCGAACAGCGACUACUUUGCGCGCAACAACUCGUCGUACCAGCACACGACGACGCCGGGGCACACGCCGGGGGCGAUACCGUCGCUGAUGCCGUCCGGGAUUGGCAAGAAGAAGCCGCCGCCACCGCCGCCAAAGAAGCGCUUCGAUUCUGGGCAGCCGCCGGCCGAGUACGUCGUCGCGCUGUAUGACUUUGCGAGCCAGCAGCCGGGCGAUCUGGGGUUCAGGGAGGGGGACCGCAUCAAGAUUGUUAAGAAGGAGGGCGAUGCGAGUGAUAGUUGGUGGGUGGGGGAGGUGCGGGGGCAGCGGGGCAGCUUCCCGGCGAAUUAUUGCCAGGCUGCUUAG